AUCUUAUCAUCGCCUCAUUCCCGCUCUGGCUAAUCACAAUCCUGAACACAAUGUCAAACACUCACCAGAACGUCGUCCUCGAUCUCCCCAAUCGCCCUACCCAGGGCAGCCUCCAACCAUCUAAUCACCAAACUAAACGUUCCACUCCCUCGAAUAACCCUGUGCCCAUUCACCUGACCCUCUUCACCGCGCUCUCUGCGCUCUUAUCCUGCACCACCGUAAUCCUCUCGAUCCCCAUCUCCGGCCUGCCUUCGCACUAUCUGUUCUUCCUUUUCCCGCCCCUCACCUUCAUCAACUCCGUCUUCCUCCUCUUCCCACCCAGCAAAUACGGUCGCGCCGUCCCCUCGCUCGAUGCAUACACGAGUAAUGCACACUUCGUGGGACAGGCCGCUCAGAUCGUGGGCUGGACGUGUGGGGUGGUAAUCAGCGUUUGCGAAGGCGUAUUCGAGUAUGUUGGGAGAGCUCCUGCGAGUGGCGAUGACGAAGAGGUGGAGACGACGAUGUUGUGGUGGGGAAUCGCGUUUGCGAGCGAGCUGGUGGCACUGAUGCAUGUUACGCUGCAGUGCGGGUUGUUGGUAUAUUGUCUGGUCCUGCGAUGGCGUAAACAGAACCAGGGAGGAGUCGGAGGGGUGUUCUUGAGACGAUUCACCCAGGCAGGGUCGAAUAGAGCGCAAGUGCAAUCGACGGUCCUCAAUCCGAGGGAGGGAGAGUUCGACGAGAAGACGAUCAAGCCAAAUGAGGAGGUCUAACCUGUGCGACGACAUGGCUCACGAUUCCCACCGUCCAUAUACCAAAGAAAACCUUUGAACGAUACCUUCUGCUUUUUCGUUGAAGAUUGUACUGUUCUGUAGCAGGGAACCAUCUUGAGAACGACCUGACUGUGGAAAGACUCGACGUUGUCUGUAUACGGUCACGGGCUUUCAAUAUUAUAGAAUCUAAGUUAUUAGUGAGGAGUCGUGUUAAGCUUUCCUCUUUUAUUUAGUUGCAUUCGCAGUACUCACCACUUAUGCGAGUUCCUUUUGAACAUUUGCUCAUCGAAUAGCGUAUUAUAUCAGAGUUCUGCAGUGUUGUAUCCCAAGGACAGAGUUUUAUGAUACUU